UGGGAAAAACUAUGCAAGAAUCGGGUUCUCCUACCUUUGUUUUCCAAACGGUGGAGUAAUCUUUUCGUAAGCAGCUCCAUCAAAAAGUUGCUGAUGAAGGUCCGUUCGUCUGUGAAAAAGAUGUGUGAGUUUUGCCGAACAGUGAAGAGACGUGGACGUGUUUAUGUUCUGUGUACUGCUAAUCCCAAGCACAAGCAGCGGCAGGGCAUCUCCACAUUUGCGUACCAAGGCCUGAUACCACCAGCGUCUUUAACGGCAAACUCGAAGGAGAUUACAUCAUUUGCUGCUGAUGGUGCCAAAAGUGGUUUGCCUUCACUCAUAUCCCACAAGAAUGACGCAUUUACUGUGACACCUUGGUGGAAAGUUGGUCUUGUCUCUCGUCUGUUCAAUCAGAGCAGCAACCAGUAGUGCAUUUUAGUGGUGGAAUGAACUGCGAAGAAAAGAAUUUUAGAAAUUAUGUAGCUGAGUUUCUUUCGUUUCAACUUCAUUGUGUUCUGUUCUCAUUUCUUGUUUUCGUGUCAUGCUUCUAAGACAUUAUUGUUAUUUGAUUGCGUGAGGUAAUCCUUGAUUUGGUUUUCAACAAUAAAGAUUUGACUAGCCAUUUUGAAACUGUCUCCUGGUGAUUGAAUAGAAGGCUUUUGGGUUACAUUAUCUUAUUUUGGUUUGCUGAGAUGAAUACUAAGCUGGAUUAACCUAAAUGAUAUCUUAUAUCGCUAGAUGAAUUGUUUCAUGUUCGGGGGAUUUCCUGUUGAAACGACAGAAACUAUUUUAGUUUCAAUCAAAAUCAAAUGCUAUCUAUUUUAGUUUCAAUAACAC